AUUAGGGAGGAGUUGUAUGCUUGUGUGUGAGACCGGAUCAGAGAGAGACUGCCAAGGAUUUAUAUGAGAGAGAACAACCGGACAGCAGAAAAAAAGUGGACUAAAAAAAACUGUGAGAUACACAAUCCAGCAAACAAACAAAAAAGAAGAUAAUUUUGGACUUUUUGCUGUCUCUAUGAAUGGCUUAUGACAAAGUAAACAUCAUGAAAAAAAAGAGGAAUUGAGAGAGUUUCAAGAACAUAGGGACAUAUUGAGAGAAUCAAACAUCCUGGGAUUUGUUUUAAAAUACAGUGGGAGCUAUCAAGAAAGUGGAAAAUAGCUGAGAGUGGAGAAAAACCAACGUACAAACACGAAGAGAUAUUCUACUGAGAAGAGACACCGUCCACCAUGAAGGACCGACUAGAGCAGCUGAAAGCGACUCAGGACACUGAUGACACAGAGGAAGUUGACAUCUCCAUUGAUAAUGCCGCUUUUAUGGAUGACUUCUUCUCACAGAUUGAAGAGAUUCGGCAAAACAUUGAAAAAAUCUCAGAGAGCGUCAGUGAAACAAAGAGACUGCAUAGUGUGAUCCUGUCGGCACCUCUUCCUGAGCAGAAGACUAAAGAUGAAUUGGAAAAUCUGACUCUAGAAAUCAAGAAAGCAGCAAAUAAUGUGAGGUCACGUUUAAAGGGAAUGGAACACACUAUAGAACAGGAAGAGUCACAAUCAUCUGCAGACUUGAGAAUAAGAAAAUCGCAGCAUUCUGUUCUGUCCCGGAAGUUUGUGGAUGUGAUGACAAAGUACAAUGAGGCCCAGGUGGAUUUCAGAGAAAGAAGCAAAGGGCGAAUCCAGAGACAGCUGGAAAUCACUGGUAAAAGUACAACAGAUGAUGAGUUGGAAGAAAUGUUAGAAAGUGGAAACCCUAAUAUCUUCACAUCUGGCAUAAUAAACGACUCACAGAUUUCUCGUCAGGCUUUAAGUGAAAUUGAAUCCCGUCACCGAGAUAUUGUACGACUGGAGAGCAGCCUGAAAGAGCUUCAUGAUAUGUUCAUGGAUAUUGCAAUGUUGGUGGAAAACCAGGGGGAGGUUAUAGAUAAUAUUGAAAUCAGCGUUACAAAAUCUGUGGAACACGUAGAGAAAGCUCGCGAGGAAACAACAAAAGCUGUAAAGUAUCAAAGCAGAGCACGUAAGGGUGCUCUUAUAGACCGUAUAGAAAAUAACAUGGAUGAGUCGGUGGGUUUUGUGGAAAGAGCCGUGGCCGAUACAAAGAAAGCUGUAAAAUACCAGAGUGAGGCCAGGAGGAAAAUGAUCAUUAUUGCUGUGGUAGUAGCUGUGCUACUAGGAGUUGUGGCUCUGAUUAUCGGAUUGUCUGUGGGAUUGAAGAAAUGACUCCAGAUCUCAUCCCUAUAUGGGAAGACAUGCACUUUCUAUUUCCUCAACUUUAACCAGCGAUUGAUCCCAGCUACCUCCCCAGCCUCCUCCUGCCUUAUAACAAACACUAAAGGCUGUAACCCACCCUUCACUUUCUGUUGGGAAUGGAUCCAAUCGCCUGCUUGGAAGACCCUCCCUAUGUAGCCGCUCCUGUGUUCCUCACAUUGACCAUAUGCUGCUAUAUUUACCAAAUCCCUUCCUCUAAUAUUAUGGUUUUUCUAUAUCACUUUGUAAACGAUGAAUCUACGUGUUUUGACUUGGUGAGACAGGAAAUGUUUCUGUUUUAAAUCGUUAAUGGUGAUUAUGGAAUGAAGACUGAAGAUCGCAAAGACAGAAAUGUUGAGACCUAGUGUUACUCCGUCAAUAAUGGAAACUGGUCAGCAAAAUUCAGCAGUUUUUAAAUGUAGUUUUAACAUAUAAUGAAUCAGUCUAUUUAUUUUACUAAUUAAAUAUUUCAAUUAUUCUUACAAGUUGAACAGUCCUAUUUUAAGAUAAAUAAAUACAUUAAAAUGAAAUAUUUAUUAUCCAAUAGCAAUCUGCAAAAUCAUCUAUUUGGUGAUGUUGCCACUUUUUAUAUAAAAUAUUGUUUAGCAAUUUUUUAAAGAAAAUUAAAACUCUUAAAAUCAGCACAAUGUUAUUAAAAAUAAGCAAAACUAUACAUUGUUACAAAAAGACUCCCAGAUGGGUUAUAGAAAUGGAUCAUCUACAAAACAUUUAUGCAAAGAAAAAACUAGUGUACAAUAAUCCUUUAACCAACCCCCUAAUCUAGUACACCAGAAAUAAAUAUCACAAUACUCAACCUCUAAGAAUCCAAAACAUCUCCAGAGCAUCUGAAUGAUUUGGGGAAAAUAGAAUGAUAGAUUAUAUUUUAUUUCAUGUUGAUAAUGUACAUAACAAUCUAUACCACAAAUGUGUUGGUAAAUAUGAGCUUUUAAAUAUCAAACCAACCUAAAUUAGCUUUUACCCAGUAGAACCAAAAAUGAUGAAGUGCACUCGCUUUUAUGAGACUUGCAAAACUAAAUAUCAAGUGAUUGUUAGAUUCAGUAGAAAGAAGCCAUAUUGGAAUUAUGAGAUUAAGUGUACUUUUGUUGUGUUACAUAAAAUUUGUCCUGUGCAUUUGGACUUUUCAGCACUAAAAAAAUGCUAAAGAUGAAGUCUGCAAGAAGCAUCCAGCAAUUUUUGGAGCCAGAUUUCUUAUUGUGAAGAUGCAACACAUUAAGAUCUGUGCAGAUCUGUGUGUUGCACUUUCACAAGAAUAAAUAUGGCUCCAAAAAUUGCCGAAUACCGCUUGGGGCCUUAAUCUUCGGCAUUUGUUUAGUGCCGAAAAGUAAUGAAGUAAAAACUUUAGUAAAUCAGGCCCUUAGUGAGAAUUACUUGAUAAUCAUCAAUAUAACUUGCUACUGACACACUCAUUUGAUAUUUAUGUUUUUACAUUUUGUAAAUAUAAAAAAAGUUAAAUGGUGCCUAAGGAGGUAAAUACAUAUUCACAAAUUAAAUGAAGGAACACUCCCUCUCUUUACCUCUUUCUCUUUCUCUAUUUUUCUCUCUCACUUUUUCUCUCUUGUCUCUAAGUCAAACUUUUUAACUUGACCUAUUUUCAUUUCUCCCUAAACAUCUUCUCCACUUGCAGAAGAAGAUAAUGAUUCUGAUUUGCUGUGUAAUUCUGGUAAUUAUCCUAGCAUCGACAAUUGGAGGAAUCUUUGCUUGAGGUGAGAGUAAGAAACUGUCAAAAUGAAACUGGCAUCUCAAUACAUUUGUCAGAGGAAUAAAGACAGUCAAAUAGGGCUGGGAAAGCAUCUAACUAUAGCAUUUACUUGGUAUAAGAAUACUGUAUAUGUAUAAAUCUGUAUAUAUUUAGUUAUUUUUUUAAUAUAUGUUUUUAUGGGUACCUCAUCUAAGUUUUUAUUUCUAAUCAGGAAUCAUUGAAAUAAAUAUUGUUGUCUUAUGAACUUUCUAAGCAGCAUUAUUGGAACUGUUGCAUCAAUGUUUUAUUGAGAUGUUUUUAAUUUUCUUCAAAUCAUAAUGUCAUUAAAGGGACAUCAAAUUCAAAAUUGAAAUGCACAUGAAUACAUUAUAAUUUUAAGCAGAAUACAAUAUUCUUGUAUUGGCACAAUAGCUUGUAGUAAACGUUUUCACUGUUUCAGAUUUUAGUAUACAUGGGGCAUAUGUAGAAUUCCAUAUUGUCCUGUCAGAUAUAUUUCUAAAUCGCCUGGAUUUACACUACGAUCUUGUGGGGAUAAGGGUUGUUGUCAAUGAUAAUUAGCAUAAGUAAUACACUUUAACUUAGUUUAAAAUCAACCCAAGUUUAAAUUUCUAUUGUUUGUUGUUUAUAAACAAAUUUCUACACUCUUAGAUGAAAUGUCACCAUAAGAGGACAUAUUUCUAUAUAUAUAUUUUUUUUUGUUUUACUUUUGUCUAAACCUAAAAUAUACUGCCCAUAGUUGAGGACCAGCCCUGUGCAGGGUUCUUGCUGGUUGGUAGGUCUGCUUUCUCUCCCCCCAAGCUUUUCUGGCCAGGGCAAAUGUCCUGUUUUUUGUAGGUUUUUUUUUAGGGAUAGUCACAGUUGCGCCAAGUAAAUGUCUGCAGUCUUGACUUUCCUUUUACAGCCUCACCCACAAGCACCGGUUUGCCACCACCCACAAUCCUCCUAUUUGAGAGAGCCUUUGGGACAGGUUGAGAGAUAUGUAUGCGUACAUAUGUCCUGUGCACCCUCAUUCAAACGUAGUGCCUUUUUAGUGAUAACGUUUACUUUUGAAUUUGUGCUUAUACAUUAGUACUGCAAAAAAUACUUCUAUUCCAAAGCAAAAUGCAGUCAUGUCCCUUUUAAAAGCUGUUUAUAACUAUAUGCUAUAAUAAAUCAUAAAAGAGAGAUCAAAGAACUAUCAAUUAAAGCAACGCUGUCAUGUAUUCCAAAUUUCUGUUUCUCUUUUUUUUCUUUUCUUUUUUUCUUCUCCUUAAAUUGAAACUUUUGACUGGGAAAAAAGCAGAGCCAACCAGUUCAAAGAAGGGAAAAGAAGCUGUGGAGAGACAAAGAAAAUGAAAAUUAUGCAAGGAUAUUAAAUAAUGCCAUUAAAACUUUUGUGAAAUUA